CUGAUCAAUCAGUCAGGUUUUUAUAACUCACGGAACCCAAAUCAGUCAAAUUCAAAUCUACAGUUAAUAAUCAAUCAAAAGAAUAAAUGCCCAAUCAAUUCCGUCUUACAACCAUCGUUUCAAUUUCAGACUGAAAUGGCAAGCAUGUUUCUGGGUCGUUGGGGUCUAAUCGCUUCAUACGUAACAUUGACAGUCUAUUUGUUCGGUGAUUUAGCCAUCUACUCAAGCACUGUACCAAAAUCAAUCAUGAAUAUCAUUUGCUCAACUGUGAACAGCACUGAUAUUUGGCCAUCAACACGAUGGUACGAUGAAUGUCGGCAUGGAUGGCCAAGUGUGGUGAACACAAGAAUAAGCAUUUACCGUAUUAGUGUAUUACUGUUCGUUACUUUAAUCACUCCACUCGUUGUUGUUGGUAUAACUCGAACAAAAUAUCUGCAACUAUCCACAUCAUUUUGUCGAUGGACUGCAUUUGCACUGAUGAUCUGUUUGGCAGUGAUCUCGUUGAUACGAGAUGGCCCAGAGGGUGCGCCGCCGGCCGUGCACUUCAGUGGGUUCGGACUAUUCGGCAUCUAUUUGUGCGUGCUAGCCUUCUAUGUGGCCUUAUCAUUGACAGGUGUAUUCGCAUUUGGAAUCGUCUUUGACGUCUAUACGCUCAACUUUUUGCAUGAUGAGACGAGUGAAGAAUCGAUCUUCUACGCGAUACUCAACCAUUUUUUGGCUCUAUUUCCAGUCUUUACGUUGAGCACAAAUUAUCCGAUUGUUGCCACAACACUACACAACAACUUGCACGUGCUGUACGAGUUGAUUCGGAAUGCUUUUGUGCAACUUUCAGCAUCACAGUUAGUAUUAAUCACGAAUAAUUCAAUGGUCUAUCCUCUCAUCAGUAUUGCCUAUCACGCACUUUUUUAUAGUGAUGGCGACGACCAGGGGCCGCUUCUUGACAAUGAACAACCAAUAGCACAAUUAGCAUCGCAACAACCAGAUGAUGACAACACUGAUACUCAACCAUCAACAACUCACUCCAACACAUUAAUUCGCGUUAUAAUCCUAUCUCUAGUGAUCAUAAUACCAACAUUAAUCGCACUCUUAACCGAUAACGUUCUACUGCUAGCAUCGCUAACAGGCAGUUAUCCUGGUGUGGGUGUUCAGUUCGUUAUACCAUCCUUAUUAGUCAUUUAUGCACGACGAUGCUGUAAACGUGAACUGGGCAUAGAUGUUCCUCGACGUUCAUCAAGUCCUUUCGCAGCCAACCUUUGGCCAUGGCUUAUGUUCGUCUGGGCUGCAUUCACCACGCUAAUGGUCACGCUCAAUUUUUAUUGUCUAUGA